UAAAUACGGUGUGACGCUCUACUCCGGUACAUUUAAAUGAGAACAGUGUUGCGCAACUCCAUAGAAACAAGAGGGCAAACGCAACCCCAACUAUUUAAGGACACUCUAAAUCCUGCGAUUUAUUUACACCUCUUGUUGAAUUUGGGGGAAACAAUGUCAAACGUCCUGCUAUUAAGCAGCGCCAUGGAGAGGUUGUCCACACCGAUGACCUUUCCUCUCCACGCACGCACGGGCGUCUGUCGUAAUCUUUUUGGACCGGUGGAUCACGACGAACUGAACCGGGAUAUGAAAUCCAAGAUGCGGGAGAUUUCGUAUAGGGACCAGCGGAAAUGGAACUUUAAUUUCGAGGCCGAAGUGCCACUGUCUGGGGACUAUGUGUGGGAGGAAACCCCGGUGGAUAUGAGCCCUGUUUUCUACCAGGACUCUGUACAGGUCGGGAGGGCGAGGAUUGUUGUAACACCGGUCAAUGUGAAGCCAGACGUUGACGUUAUCCUACUGGACUCCUCUUCUCAGGGUGAAUCGCCUCAUUAUGAUGACCGCUUGACCAGCUCCAAAGGUAACACUCCAUGCCUCACCGAAGUCAACCAGGAGAACUGCGCAGUGAAGCUGAACUCGGGGAAGCCUACUCGCAAACAAGUCCCGUGUGUUCGAUGCAAAAUAACUACUGAUACGACGACACUUGCUACAGACUUCUACAUGAAACGAAAACGGAUGACGACCGAAACGAAGCUAAAUGAAAGCACUUGCCACCACCCUUCGUCUCAACGUCACGUAGAACAAACUCAACGCAAGAAAAUUCGUUGAAGGCGUUUGAACAAUCCUUUCCCCUAUAACCCUACCUUCCAACUUGAAGACAAGACUGAAAACAAGGGAAGGAGAACACUCCUGCUCGACCAUUCAUUGGCUUGGUGUGUGAGUGGACCUACAGUAUAUAGAAAGUAGCCGACACUCCACGGGGUCUCAAGAUUGAAUGGUCGGGAAGAGAGAAUUCGCAGAAAGACUCAAACAAAAUGUAGCAUUCAUGGUUGCUUUGCAUAAAGCCACUUGACAGUGUUAAAUGUGCAAUCCUAAACUAUUUUAAAUUGUCUACACUGGCCAAAGUGUUCAGCUUUAUAAAUACAGAUUUCUGUUAAGUAUAUCAGGGUUGUUUAAAUAUAGGCUAUAUUUCAAGACUAUUUUAACUUAUAAUUUAUUUAUGUUUCUUUAUAUUUGCAAAUACCUUUUCGAUUUAGCCAAAGGGCAACUUUUUAUUUACAAUGUUUUUUUGGUGAUGUUUUGCAACCAUGUAGCUUUUUAUAGUACAUUUACAAAGUAGAUUUCAUAGUGCUUCUGAGACUAUUUUUUUUUGCCCUGAUUUUCUGUUCAGCAAAAGAUGAAAAAAGUAUUUUUGGUUCAAAUGUAACAAUUUAGUUUUUAUCACCUCAGAAUAUUUUACGGGAAGGGUCCGUUUUAGAGUGUGAUUUAUCCCACCUGUUUGUAAAUUGGUAACGGCUUACAGCCGCAUAGACACUCCCUACAUAGCCUACAUCACCUCAUAGCUCGGCCAACAUCUGUUGGAACCAGACACAACAAGAAAAACACGAUUUGCGCCGCCCGCUCUGUUUUGCCAUCAAAUAGCCUACCCCUUUCCCUGAGAUAAAGUCAUAGCAUUUCUGAUUUACAAACUCAUCUGGCAAGAGAAUCAUGGACAUUAAAUCAAGCAAGCAUAGGCCUAGACUAUUAACGAUACAAUUGAAUCUAAAUGCAAAGCCCCACAGCCUAAUAAUGUUCCUCAUAUAACAUCCUCCAAGGUCAACUUUGUUAUUGCUAGAUGCUAAUAAAAAAGUUGUCCUUGCUUUUUGAUGAAAUAACUAGAAUACGAAAAAAGAAAGAUAAGGCAGAAAAGUACAAGCUUAGUUGGAUUGCAAUGGGAUGGUGCAUUCAAAUAUGCAGCCAUGGGCAGCUGCGGGAUAUAGUCUGUAAUUUAAAGGCCCGUUCGCUUCUAAAGAACGGCAGCAGCUGCCUUUGGAACCCGCAUUGUCCACACGGACACUCCCACAUUCACCCGCACUCAACAACUCGUCUAAAGAACCUCUCACCCACACUGUUUACUCCAACGUGCCACACCACCUCGGCCGUGGAGGCUACCUGCCCGAAUAAGAGAGAAAUAAGAAAAAACUACUCGUCUUUGUAAUUGUCCUGGUCCAUUGAAACAAACCAUUCAGUUUGUCAUACUUACAAGUGUACCCUUAAUUGAAAGAAAGCAAGCCACGCACUCAGCAUGCUAGACGCAUAGGCCUAUACCCCCUUCAUAAUGCUGACAAAGUCCCUAUCAGUGGUUUAGCCAAUAGUUUGAAAAUGUGAAGACUUUUGAUGGCAAGAAUGACUUUGCCAGCUCCAAUCACACACGUGUACCAUUUCCAACACAAAGAGCUCCCCAUCUCCAUUCUUUCCUUUUUGUUGCCAUAUGGCAAAUCCAUGUACACAUAGCCAAGACAAAUUAAUUCAGCCACAUAAUGUCCAGCAUUGGACAACAAAAGACAUGUUUCCCUCUAUUCAUACAAACAGCUGAAAAAAUAUAUAUUUAAACUAUUGUGAUAUCCAGCUAAUUACAGCCCAUAUGUCCACAGGGAGCAGCGGGGUUGAUCAAUAAACUUUUAAAUUCUCGUUACUUUACAUGUUGAAGAUGACAGAUGUUCACAUGUAACUUUAAUGAGGUCCAUUCUAUGUUAAAGAUAUUCAGGCCCAAUUCCUUGAGAGUUUUAAGGGUAAUCCUUCUCUCGUGUCAGUAAGCUAUUUGAAUUUCAACAAUUGUAAUUUAGCCUAUGGUCUUUUUUCGUUCCUUGAAAGUGCUAUUAUUUUACUUAACCAAUGCAGUGAAUCAUCUUUAAUAUUGUUUUAAGGUCUAAAACUGAGCAAAGAGUGUUUAUAUAUUGCCUAUGUAUACCCUGUCUAAUAACUUAUGCCUAAAUACAUGGAACAUACUAAACUCAGCAAAAAAAUAAAUGUCCCUUUUUCAGGA